UUGAAGUAGCAGAAUUGAAGAGUGAUGAGCCAACAAGUGUUACGGCCUCUAAGGCAAUGGCAAUGGCAAUGGCCAUGGUUGCACCACCGCACUUGUGUCACCCUUCCCCGCCACCACCGCCACGUUCUCAGCCCUCAUCCCACAAAGCCACCGUCAACCUCUCACCGUUGCUCCUUUGCCACGCUCGCUUCCUCCCCCGACACGGAUCCCGAGGCCAAGAAGAGCCGCAACGAAUUGAAGCGAGAGGCCAAGCGCGCUGUCAAGUGGGGCAUCGACUUAGCUUCCUUCUCCGCCCCACAAAUCAAACGCAUCCUUAGGGUCGUUUCAUUGGACCAAGUCGUCUUCGAAGCUCUUAUGUUGGUUAAGAGACUGGGACCCGAUGUCCGUGAAGGAAGGAGGAGGCAGUUUAAUUAUAUUGGAAAAUUGCUGCGGGAAGUGGAUCCCGAGUUAAUGGAUCGAUUAAUUAGAGCAACAAAAGAUUCUGAUCACAAGGAGCUGCAAGCUCUAACAGGCUUAGGGUCUGAUGACCCUGAAGAUGAUGACUUGGUAGAAUCUGAAUCUGAGGAGGAUGAGGAGGAAUCUGAUUGGAUUGAUAUUCAAGUAACAAGGUGGUUCGAUGGUUUGAUCAGUAAGAACAUUGAAAUCAGCAAUGAGAUUUUUUCAGUCCAGGGAGUUGAAUUUGAUCGCCAGGAGUUGCGAAAGCUUGUACGUAGAGUGCACUUAACUCAAGAAAUGAAGGCUGCUGAUGAAGAAGAGGCGAAAAAGAUAGAGACAGCAACAAUUGGGGCUAGAAAGGCUCUCACCCGUUUCCUUCGUGGCCUUUCAAAGAGAAUUCCUAACGAUUACUAAUACAUCAAUUAACCAAUCUUAUUUUUCAUGUAUCGUGUCUCAGCUUAAAGAAUUCAUCAAAGUGCAAGAAAGGCAUGGGAAGCCAUGCAUUUUCUUGGUGAGAUAGAUGCUACGGAAAACCGUUUAUUCUUUUAAAGUUGUGUGAUGAAUAAUAUUCUCUAUAUUUUUUAAGAUUUUUUACCAUUAAAUUAUAGUGUUGUACUCUUAAAACACUAUUAUUAGGUUAAAUACUUGAAUACUCUUAUAUUUUGAGCUUUA